UCCGUUUUGACGUAUGAAUCAUCCUUACCAAGAUGGCGAGCCACCUGUUCCUCCGGUGGUGAUCCUUGUUGUUGUCUGCGCAGCGGAGGAAAGCAAAGCAUCUGGAAGAGACUGUUAAGAAACUGGCGACGUACUGAAACAGCUGGAGUAAACUCGGUCGUCCAAAAUGUCCACCGAGGAGCUGUCAGCCUCGGACAGCGAGGCUGCUUUCGCCGGCGCAGGGGAGCGAUGGGCACCGGUGGGCGCUGUGGCCAGUCCCGAGGAGGAGAGCGGGAGCGCAGGGCAGCCGACGCAGAGAAGCUCGUCCCCGGCCACGGAGGAGGAAAUGGCCGUCAGGCUGGAGAAGCUGGAAGAGGAGCAGGACUUGCUGAACUCCUCUCUCCUCGCCCUCACCUCACACUUCGCUCAGGUGCAGUUCCGACUGAAGCAGAUAGUUCACGCCCAGAGCGAGGAGAAGGAGAGGAUGCUGGUCGAGCUGGAGGAGUUCGCCUUCAAGGGCUGCCCGCAUGUUGUGGGCUGCAGGGCUCAGGAUGCCAAACAGCUGGAGAACUCGGGGGAUCUGAGUGAGAGGGAGAAGAGGGAGCGCCUGGAGGCUCAGAGGGAAAAACAGAAGGAUCUCAUUUUCCAGCUGAAGACACAGCUGGAUGAUCUGGAGCGCUUCGCCUAUCAGGAGGGCAGCUACGACUCGCUGCCGCAGUCUGUUGUCAUGGAGAGGCAGAAGGUCAUCAUUGACGAGUUGAUUAAAAAGCUGGACGUGAACCUGAACGAGGACAUCGGGAACUUGUCCCCCGAGGAGCUGAGACAGAGAGUGGACGCUGCCAUUGCUCAGAUAGUGAACCCAGCCAGGGUCAAAGAGCAGCUGGUGGAUCAGCUCAAAACCCAGAUCAGAGACCUGGAGAUGUUCAUCAACUUCAUCCAGGAUGAAGUGGGGAACCCUCUCUUAUCAGACGGUGGACACAGCCAGCAGCCACAGGCUGCGGGGACCAAUCCCAGAACUCCUGGAGUGAAGAACAAAGUGGACCCAGAGCAGGCCCAGAAGAUAAGACAGACCGGCCUGCAGCUGAUCCAGAAGGCCCUCGCCGUGCUGCAGAUCUUCGCUGCGAGCCAGUUCGGCUGCGCGCCCGGCCAUGUUCCUCAGAGCAUGUGGAGCCAGGAGCCUUCAGGGCAGGACUACGGGCCCCUGCUGCAGCGUCUAGAGGCAGCUGUUGAGAAGGUGCGAGUGUUGGGCUCCUGCAGACAGCCCUCCUUUGAGCAUGUCGUCAACUACACCAGCAACAUGGCGCUGGGACCUCGAGACGAGCUGACGACGUCUGUGAGGAAGGAGCUGUCUAUUGCUCUGAAAGACUUGUUGGCUCAUGGCCUCUUCUCACCCUCCCAGACCAUGAGCCUGGUGCUGGCCCCCAUCUCCUGCCUGCUGCCUUACAGACCAGCCCCACAGACCAUGCACCCAUGGGAACUCUUUGUUAAGUACUACAACUCCAAAAAUGGGAAGGCCUUUGUGGAAUCACCAGCUCGCCAGCUUUCACAGUCCUUCAGCCUGCCUGUAGGGGCCGGCCCCGUGACCGUCACCCCUAAACAGUCUCUGCUGUGGGCCAUUCACACUGUGCUGAAGGAGCACGGGCGCUACAAACGAGGACCAGACACAGAGUUCAAAGCGCUGGUGUGCAUGGCUCUGAACGAGCAGCGGCUGGUGUCGUGGCUCAACCUGCUGUGUAAGUCUGGGACUCUGAUACACCCACACUACCAGUCCUGGAGCUACAUGGCCCAGACCGGCUUCGAAGGGGCACUGCGAAUCCUGGGUCGCAUCAGCCACCUCAAAUUCAACCUCCCAGUGGACCUUGCUGUUCGGCAGCUGAAGAACAUAAAGGAUGCUUUCUGAGCGGUGACCAAAAAGGAAACGGAUCUAACACAAGUAAACAAACAUCAGUCUCAGAAGUAUUUUAUUAGCUAAACUCCGCUGCUCUCAGCUGGCAUUCAGGACCAAAAGCAUGACUUUGUGCUUCAAGUAUGUUACCUUUUGGAGGUUAUCCAAGUAGCCACCCAAGUAAAGUGAAGUGCAAGUAUGUGAUGUCUGCAGUACAUGCAUGGAUGACUGUGUUAUGUGAGCUUUAGCCAUAAGCAACCAUAAUCUGCAUAUGUUUAAGAUGCCAAAAUGUCAAGACGACAAUGCUACUUGUACUGUAAACAUGCCUUAGAAUGGAGAUUGAGAUUACCUCAUCUUUAGUGAAGCCUUCCUGACCUUUGCGACCUGUGCCCAUCAUACAGUAUCAUUCCCCUGCGUACAGGAUAGUGUAACCUAUGCAGCAAAGAGAGAGGUGUUGUGUUUGUACAGUAAUCAGUACUGUAACGCGGUCGGUUGAAGAAAAAUAACGAGCAGAAACACUUCUCGAUACUGUGGCUUCUACACAGUAACCAAGAGCGUUUGAUGUGAUGCUCCAUUGUUCGCAGUGAAAAGUAGACUUCUCUUACGGAAUUGAUUAUUUAGGUGGUAAAUCAUGUGUAGCAGAUUAGUUGAUCUAAAGCAAAACAGCAGCACUCAGGUCAACUUGAAAUUAAAAAUGUUUUACAGUUUCCAUAAUGAUGCACGGGGUAAAGUGUUAGCAAGUGUUGUGUUGCAUUAUGCAGCUAAUAUGCGCUCUCGACUCCAUUUUAAAGCUCUGAAGCUGUUAUCACUUGGUGUGUGAACAACAAUUAAUCCUUGUAGGAACUGCUGCUUUUCUCCUAUUCCAGCUUCCAGGUAACAUUAAAUGAGUGAUAUUAUAUGAUGGGAAUUUCUUGAAUGAUGUACUAGCUUACAUCCCAUAUGUAAUAUGAUUGUUGGAUAUAAAAAGUUUAGUUUUAUUUCCUUUUUUUUUCUAGAGAAAUUAGUUUUUAUCUUCCUGUGACAGCUGAGUUGCACACUCAAUAUCCCUAAAUACUGAAUGUACAAACCAUAGAUGCUAUUAAACCGAGGUUAGUUCAUAUCUGCUGUAUGUUUCCCUGCUGUUAAUGGGAUUGAAACUUCAGUGUUCCUGGGACCGCAUGUAUGUAUCAAACCUCUUGAGAGUUGGCAUGCUGAUUAAAAGAUCAUUGCGUGUGUAUUUCAGAUAAAAACCUGAUUCCAAAACAGUGCACUUUGUGACUUGAGUUCACCCGGAGACACAUUUCAUCGUUUAUUUCAUGUUGCUGUGUAAAAUGGAAACUUUGUGUUCUGUUGGCGCAAUGUGUAGUCAAUAUAAUGCUAUAUUUUGCUUCCUGUUUUCCCAUUUUUGUUGUGUUUAGUUCAGCUGUUAUGUUGUGAUUUACGUAAAGAGACAUUUAUUUAUUGCAUAGCAUGUUUAGCUCAACUCUGAAGUAGGUAGAACAUAUCAGAACACUAGUCUGGGAACAAUUACACACGCUGAAUCAAAUUGUUCUAUUUAUGUUAUUUUUAGUUAAUUGCUUUAAUCACAAAUAAUAUAGAGAACUGUGUUUUUUUUAAUUUAUCAUGUUUAAUGUAUACCUGCAGAUGUAAACAAAUUAAACAUAGUAAAUUAA